AUGGAAGUUCCGCUCCAAAUUUAUCGAAAAAACGAUACAGCUAUAGAUACCACUGAUGCUUUCACAACUUCAGAGAGAUUUGUCACACGAGAAGAAGUUAUCCGUUGGGUUAAAGAGACUGGAAUUAACAAUAAAGUGACCGUUAUUAUCACGCGUUCAGACACCGAAACAGGCAAAAGAGGAAGAAGUAACAAAGUGAUAUUUGGGUGCGAUAAAGGUGGAAAAUAUAAGGACAAAAGUGAGACUCAAAAUAGAUUAGAAGGUCAUUCAUUUGUUGGUAGGUUGACAACCGAUGAGAAGCAGCAUGUUGCUGAUUUGACAAAGAGACAUGUUCCGCCUAGACACAUAUUGAUUUCCUUGCAAGAGCGAGAUCCUGAGAAUGUCACUCGGAUCACGCAAAUAUACAAGCAUAAAAGUGUGAUUGAAGCGGAGAUAAGAGGUCCAAGAAGUGAGAUACAACAUUUGCUUAAGCUUAUAGAGGAGGCGAACUAUGUUUAUUGGAGUAGGAAACGUGAUGAUUUGUGA